GAGUUUGAAGAAGACUUAAAACGAUGCCUUCAAUAAACUCACAAGAUAUAUAAAAGGCAAUCAUAUAUUUUUGCCGAAUUUUCGUUGAGUAGACCUAUCAUUUCGGUAUCCGUUGAAACAUGGAUAUCAACCUCAACUGUGAAAUCACCGAAAAAGAUUGUAAUCGAAUUCUGGAACAACACUGCGGAGGUAGCAAUUUCCAGAUUGUGAAAUAUGAAAUCGACAAAGCAAGUUCGAGAGUGAUGGGAUACAUGGGUGACCACUUCCGUCUCAAAAUCCACUACCAGAAAAACCCCGAUAGCAGAAUCAAUACCGAAGUGUUUUUCAUGAAAACUGAACCCUUGUUGAAUAUAACCCAAGCGAAGUAUGUGGAAGAAAUGGGAUUGUUCAAAAAAGAGAGCUUGUUGUACGAGAACCUAUUGAGUAAGUUAACAGCCAUUGCAGGUUCUCAUUUUUGUCCCAAAUGUUAUUUGGUGAAGAAGAACUGCAUAGUUCUAGAGGAUUUAUCCAGGAAAAAUUUCAAAAUGAAGGAAUCAUAUCUUAAUCUCGAGGAAUGCGAGUCUUUGGUGAAAUGCCUGGCUAAAUUUCACUCAGCAACUAUAAUCUACGAAGAAUUCAACUCAAGGGAUGGCAAAAAUUUCAGAAUUGAUCAGAUACACAAGGAGGAAGUUAGGGAGGUUGCUUUUUCCUUUGUCGACGGUCAACCCAGAUGUUUGUGGUUGAGUAACAACACAAAAUGUGUGUCUGAUUGCAUAAAAUUCAAACUGAAACUGAGGGAUGCUGACAGUAUAAUUGCAAAACUUCGUAAAGUUGCUUUUAUAGAUAUGAAGAGCUUCAUCGGUGCCUCCGACAGAUUUAGGAACGUCUUGACGCACUGCGACCUGUGGGGGAAUAAUUUCAUGAUGAAUGAUGUUCUCGAAUGUAAACUCAUAGAUUUUCAACUUGCCAGAUAUAAUCCACCAGCUUACGACCUCAUGCUGGCUCUUUUUUUGAACACCAGCAAUAAUUUGCUUCAAGAACACCUUGGAAGUUUGCUAGACCUCUACUACAGCACUUUCGAAAAUAUGCUUCUUCAAUAUCAACUAUCUGCUAAAGAGAUCUUUCCAAAGAGUCUGUUCUUCGAGUCGGUUCAAUAUUAUAAACUGCCCACUCUUUUUGAAGCCACUUUUUUCACGACUAAUACUCUGAUUUCUCCUGAAACAUCAAGCUAUUUGCUUGAAGACGCCAACAGAUACCACGAGUUUGCUUUUACAAAUAGAAGCAAAUAUAUAUUGGAAGAGUACGAGAAGAACGAAUCGUUUCGAAGGGGAUUCUUAGAAGUCCUGAUGCCAUUGAUAGAACUUCUUCGAAGAAUGGAAUGAGGCUCAGUGAAUUCAUUUAUAACGAAAACUUUUUGUAUGUAUCAUAUAUUUUAUAUUCCUCAAGAAUCGAAUAAAGUCAUUACCUUUACUUAAACAA